CGUCACAACGAAUGUCCCGUGUGCGACUUCGAUGGCGAGACCUGGGACGAGCUAUUGGAUCAUUGCCGCGAAGAGGGCUGCCGUACCGUCUGUCGAGGCUGCGAUGGUGGUCAUGGCUCCCAUUGGGAAUCGGAAUGCGACGCAUACUGGGAGCACCUCGACGAGCAUAACGUCUGCACUCAGUGCGAGCGACAUUUCAGCACCCCGGACAAUCUUACCCAUCAUCGACUAACUCACUGCGCUGCCACCUAUGAAUGCCUUGGCUGCGACCGCAAGUUCAAGACAUACGGCGGCAUGAUCAUUCAUCUCGAAUACGGCACCUGCGACUCCGGCGUCGACCAUCUUGAUCUCAACGCGACCGCUGCGGAGUGUCGGAUGUGGUCCCACUUCAUCGACGAAGACUAUCGCGAGGAUAUGCUCGACAGCAACGAUCUCCAAGAUAUCUAUUCCGACAAGGUCUACCCUUACAAGUGCCCGACCUGCGACGCCGCUAUGCCCAAACUCUCGAGCCUAUUCCAGCAUGUGGAGUCUCCUGCUUGCGGGCAGACCCUGAAUGAGGGUGCUAUUGGGAGGCUGCGACGCUUCCUGUACAGUCGGUACGGAUAA